AUGUCAACACCUACCGAAGGUGCGGGACCAGAUUACGUCAUCACCGAGGGAGAUGGCGCACAACUAGCUGGUGGCAAGCUGGGCGUGGACUACGGGGAAACCAUGGAAGGCAACGGGAGGAUGAAACGGAAAGUGGUGACUUAA